AUGAAGGGGAGGGUCCUGAUAUGGAGGGAUUACCGUGGCGAUGUUCCUGCAUCCGCUGCAGAGAAAUUCUUCAACAAGCUGAUGGAAGGCGAGGCUGACCCGUCCUCGCGAGAGCCAGUGAUUUUGGACAACGGAGUGACGUACCUCUUCAUUCAGCACAACAACGUGUACCUCAUGAUCGCCACCCGGCAAAACGCCAACGCGGCCAGCCUACUGCUCUUCCUUCACAAAGCCGUGGAGGUGUUCAAGUACUACUUCGACGAGCUGGAAGAGGAGUCCCUAAGAGACAACUUCGUCAUUGUGUACGAGCUACUGGACGAGAUAAUGGAUUUCGGAUACCCGCAAUUCACGGAGGCAAAGAUUCUGAGCGAGUUCAUCAAGACGGACUCGUACCGCCUGGAGCUGUCCACGCCCAAGCCCAACAUCGCUGCCGUCACCAAACGCCGUGUUCCUGGAUGUGGUUUGAGAGUUGUGAACAUCCUGGUGAACAGCAACGGUCAAGUGUGCGGUCUGAAGUCGUGGGCGCCCUCAAGAUGCGAACGUACCUCAGAGUGCAAGCUAGGGCUGAACGACCGAGUGCUGCUGGAGGCACAGGGCAGAGCGACCAAGGGCAAGGCCAUUGAUCUGGACGAUAUUAAGUUCCAUCAGUGCGUCCGUCUAGCUCGGUUUGAGAACGACCGGACCAUCUCCUUCAUCCCACCUGAUGGGGCGUUCGACCUUAUGACCUACCGGCUCAGCACUCAGGUGAAACCGUUGAUCUGGGUCGAAGCAAUGGUGGAGCGGCACUCGCGCAGCCGAGUGGAGUACAUGGUGAAAGCGAGGAGCCAGUUCAAGGAGCGGUCGACGGCGACGUCGGUGGAGAUAGAGCUGCCGGUGCCCAUGGACGCCAUUGACCCCGCCGCCCGCACCUCCAUGGGCACUGCUACUUACACGCCUGAGCGAGAGGCCAUCCUCUGGAAGAUCAAGUCGUUCCCCGGAGGCAAGGUAGGUGCUGCUGCCCUGCCUCGCACUCUCUUCCGUUUUCCCCCCUCCCUGCCUCCCAAGAUGGAGUGGAAGCAUACACGCCCAGAGGCCAUUCUCUGGAAGAUCAAGUCUUUUCCCAGAGGGAAGGUGAGCUGCCUUGUUGCAUCUCAGACCCCGUCGCCCGCUCCUCCAUGGGCUCUGCCAACCUACACGCCUGAGAGGGAGGCUAUUGCUCUGGAAGAUCAAGUCGUUCCCCGGAGUCGAGGCACACACUCCAUUGACCGCGCUGCCAGCACCUCCAUGGGCUCCGCCACCUACACGCCCGAGCGGGAGGCCAUCCUCUGGAAGAUCAAGUCGUUUCCUGGAGGCAAAGGAGUACCUGCUUCGCUGUUUACCUUCAACCCCUAUCAGGAGUACCUGCUGCGAGCGCACUUCAGCCUGCCCAGUGUGGCAGCAGAGGAUGGGUAUAGAGGAGUACCUGCUGCGAGCGUGCUUCAGCCUGCCUGGUGUGACAUCAGUAAAAUGGGGAAGGAGUACCUGCUGCGAGCGCGUUUCAGCCUGCCCAGUGUGGCUGCAGAGGAUGACGUGGCAGAGAAGAAAGCUCCGAUCCGCGUGAAAUUCGAGAUACCCUACUUCACAGUCUCUGGCAUCCAGGUGCGUUAUCUCAAGAUCAUCGAGAAGAGCGGUUACCAAGCGUUGCCGUGGGUGCGUUACAUCACAAUGGCUGGCGAGUACGAGCUGCGGAUGAUAUGA